GAAAUCUGUGCGAGGCCGUUGCAGUUGCGACAGCGGUGCGUGCGAACGGAGGUGAGCUUAGGCAGGAGGCACUCCGGAGCGAUGUAUGGUCUCAUGGCAGCUCGAUUCGACACCUGUGACAGGACCAUGGCGACAACAAAGUAGAGGGUUGUGAAGAUUCUUAGCUUGAGACAGUAGAAAUACUUGGAGGUGUGUCUUAGAAUCCCCUGUAGCUCAUCCUGGAGUAGCAUCGAUCAACUGCUACUUCAGCUGGUUCUAGACUGUUCUGUUGUGCUUCAGUAGUUGCUGUUACCGUUUCCGUGAGACCAAACCUCGCAGUCGCCAUGGCCGAGCAGCAAGAGGACCACCUGGACAGUCCGCACAAGCCGCCGUCCCGCCGCGGCUCCCACCGAGGGUCCGCCCAGCACCUGGACGUGCCCGGGCAUCCGCAGCGCCGCUCGCUCUUCCGCAGACGGAGGCGCAACUCCAAGGUGAGCUUAGAGUACCGGAAAGUACCCCAAUGGGCGGCCUGUGGAGUGCCUUGCUACGUGAUUUGCCCCAUCGUUGGCGGGUUCCUGUUCCUGGCAGUCGGAGGAAGUUUUAUUGGUGUUGCCAUUACUCUAAAGAAUAAGCCUGGGUUCUUCCCCACCGUCAUCACCGGACCGCUCAUGAUCUUGAUAGGUCUGGUACUGUUGUCCACCGGUAUCGCCUGGUGCCGGAAGGAGCGUAGAAAUAGGGCGAACGUUAACGCCCCGAACGACGAGGAGGACGGCGCCGGACAGCCCAACGGGUCGCCCCAGUCCCCGGCAGCGGAGCAGGCCGUGCCCCUGGUCCGGGUCUCCCCGGGAGACAAGCCUUCCGAACCCGCCAACCCUGAUGACGUCAUCAUCGCUGACCCAAACAGCCACAUGCCUGACCCCAGCCCAGCCAGUAACAAAGCACCAGAUGGAGAGGUGCCUUAUGCUGACAACCCCGCGGCUCCAGCGGCCUCUCAGCCACCCGAUGACGGCCCCAAAGACAACCCCGGGGAGGGAGCCGAGGAACCGCCGCCCUACAACAACGAGGCGGAUAAAACCAACUCGUAAGAUGUACGGAGAUGGAACAGAGUCUCAAUCAAACACCGACUCUAUAUCAAAGAAGAACAGUAUCAUAUUGAAGCGCACCCCGUGUGUGCGUGUGUGUGUGUGAAGACGAGAUGGACUCGGAGUGUGGUGUUGUGCUGGAUCCUUGUAAAGUGACGGUCAAUCCAAAUAUACGUCCUCCCGUGUCCUGUAUUUGGGUGGCUUCAGUCUUUGAACGAGCACCUCCCGCACCAGUUUUUCUUACUGCACUUCUGUGUGAGAUGACGUCAGCUGCACCGAACUUGUGGACCUGUGGUGUGCACUAUAUUUACCCAAGACUAUUCCUAUAUCCUGAGCGAGAAUCGACAAUGAAAUGCGUACUUUGUUUACAAUGAUCAGCUACAUCAACUAUUGUGAGACUUUUAUAGAAAUGGCACCGAAUGGCAAACGCAAAGGAAGGACGCGAAACUGACUGAAAAUAAAUAUGCCUUGAGUUAUUUUUCCACUUUUAAGACUGAUAUGCUGAUACACAUAUCAAACACAGCAUAGAGGACUAACUUUGUUUUCAGUUUCCCGGAUCUUGGUACGGGAGAAUUAAUUAGGGUCAGCUCUCGUGCCCAGAGCAGUCAGGUCCCUGACGUGACGUAGAGAAUGUCCUGGUUUGACGCAGAAUCGAUGAAUUUUCAUCUCCAUGCCUAUCUUCACAGGCAAGGGUAUUGUGUAUAUCAAUGACUCAUGAAUUAUAAAGGGGCCAGCACUUUGUGUGGCCUCCCUUCCACCGAUUCUCAAGAUGAAACUCAUGCAUGAUUGAUUUGACCCCAUGUCAAAAGACUAUUAAAAACGGUGCUGCCACGAAGGAGUAUCUGAAUUAGUAGACACAGCGAAUGGUUAAAAUGGCAAGUCAGCACAAACUAACGGUUACAGAUUCUGAGGAAACAAAUGGAUAACAAAUGAUAGCAGAUGUCUGAGAACUGAUCUUUCGCUAAAAAUAGUCGCUGAUCAGUAGAAUAAUAUAGCGUGAUAUGUUGGAGAGACAGUGGAGGACAGGGGUGGAAGGGAGGUUACACAAGACCUUAGUUUGUCGCGUCCUGCGCUCAUCACUGCCGAAAAGGCAACAGUCUUCCGAGCCAUGAUUUAUUGAAAACUAUACAGCAUAAUACUCUAGCGUACUACAGAUACGAUAGCUGGAAUUAAUAGUGAUGGGCGCUCUAAUGGCUCUGUAAAAUAAGCACUUUGAUACAACGAUAUACAUACAUGGUAGAUAUUCUUAGCUGUUCACAGAUUAUACCACAAUAUCACAAUGAAUUAUAGACUAUCAAGAAGAAAUGCAUGCCUACUAUGAUAAUCCCAAUUGCCUUAAUAUCAGAACCAUUUAAUCGAGUGGGUUGGAGGCAGGGGUGGGGAGCAUCCAUGUCAUUGCUAUCUUACCGAGCUGAGGACUGUGAUGACAGUACGGGCUGGGCUGCCGCUGAGGCUGGACGUGAGAACAAGCAUGUAUUCCUUCCCAUGGAAAGACAGCAUAAAGACAGCAAGUACCAACACGGCGGCAUCUUACAACAAUAUAUCAACGUGUUGAAUUCUUCACAAGCACCACUACUACACGCACCCAGCAAGCGGCAGUCGGCUGUGGGUCGGACAUUGGACUGAGGUCAUAAGAACAGUAAUGACUCAGAUGUUCUACUGUUUCCGACACAGUUUUGUAUUGUUUUCUACUUUCGGUAUCUUGUCUAUCGCUGGUGAGAAUCGCCGCUAUACCCCUUGAUAUCAUUAUCUCAAAAGUGACCACAAAGGAACAAUUAAUACAUUAUUUGAAUGUUUGUAAGAAAACACGGUGAUGACGUGAGGCAAUGCUGUACGGUAAAUAUGAAAUAAAUGUCAGC